AUGACCUCAACGAUUCGCUUCUUGGGCCAAAACGAGGCAAUCAAAAUCGAUGAGGAUCUGUUUAAUCGUUUCGGAUUUAAAGUCGAGCAAUUGAUGGAGUUGGCUGGACUAGCUACAGCUCAAGCUGUUUAUGAUUGGAAGCCAGAAGCUAAAAAAGUUCUUCUACUUUGCGGACCAGGCAAUAAUGGCGGUGAUGGUUUCGUUUGUGCACGUCAUUUACAAAUGUUUGGCUACUCACCAACAAUCGUUUAUCCAAAAGAGUCAAGAAAUGAGCUGAUGAAGGGCUUGGUUGCUCAAUGUGAAGGAAUGGAGAUCCCAAUUGAGAGACAACUUUCUCAAGAACUCGCCUCAUUUGACAUUGUCGUUGAUGCGCUUUUUGGGUUUUCUUUUAAACCUCCAAUCCGUGAACCAUUUGGCGAGAUCAUCAGAAAAGUGCAAGCAAGUGAACGACCGAUUUUCUCGAUUGACAUUCCAUCAGAAGUGCCCCAUUUCACGCCCAAGGCUGUCAUCUCGUUAACAGCUCCGAAAUUGUGCAUGCAAUAUUUUAAGGGUUCCCACUAUCUCGGUGGGCGUUUUGUGCCACGAAAAAUGAUCGACGAACGAGAAUUGCGAAUUCCUGUGUACACUGGCUCUAAUCAAUUCGUCAAAUUACAA